AUGUCCUGGAUCAUCACUGCCCUCAGCUGCUUCAUCUGCAAAGAGAGACUCAAAAACACCCAGCAGGAAUACAGUAAGAAAGCCAGGGAGGCCCACAAUGAGAGCUGUUGGGUUUGGCUCUAUCCACGCAGCCAGAACUUCAGGAACCUGUCUAAAUACCUAAAAAUCAAACUUGUUACCAUGAGCUCCGACAUUAAACAGUUAUUCAGUGUUUCCAGCCUGUUGCUUACUGAGACGUGUCACGUGUUGGAAGGUGUUGACCUCCUCCAUCACUUCAUCACAGAGAAGGAGUUUCUGUUGCCUGGAAACUGGAGCGGCUCUCGUCUCCUCCACACACUCUCUGACCUGAGCGUCCGUUUCAAAGACAUCACCGACCCUGAAGUCACGGCCGAGACUGAAAUACUCUAA